AUGGGAAAGCUGUCCGGCAUGGCUCAGUAUCUGGCCUGUGGCGUUGCUGCUACGGUCAUACUCGCAUACUUUCUCGAGUACCUCAUUAGCUCCAGGGACGAUGCCGGGGAGCCACCUAGACUCCGCGCCAAGAUACCGCUGGUAGGGCAUCUACUCGGCAUCAUCACCAGCGGCCCGUCAUACCACAGCACUCUCAAGAGAAGCAACGAUGUGGAAAUUUUCACCAUCGGCAUCUUCAACUUUAAGCUGUACACCAGCGUGUCCACGCGGCUGCUGCCGCUGAUCCAGCGCCAGUCGCGGCAGCUCUCCUUUCGGCCGAUGCUUCGACUCGUCACCCGGCGAUGGGGCGACGCCAGCAGCGAGACGGACGCUCUCUUUGCGAGCACGCAGCUGGUGGCCGACUUUGGCCAGGCGAUGAGGGCGAGCCUCGCGCCGGGGCCGCACCUGGACGCCCAGAACCUGCGCAUGGCCCGCAGAGCGCUGCUCGACGUGGACGAGCUGCUCGUCGAGGCCGCCGCCGCGAAGCUGGGCAACCACAAGAUAUGGCUCUUGGAGUGGACGCGCCACGCGGUGAUGCAGGCUUCUAGCUGCGGCGUGUAUGGCAACAACCAUCCAUUCCUGGAUCCAGAUACUGCCGCGGCAUUUUGGAAGUGGCAUCGUCACCUCUCUGCGCACAUCUCGGGCGUCGACUUUGACAUUUUCCGAACCGGCUACGCCGCCCGCCAAAGGGUAUUUGACGCACACAAGAGAUACUGCGCGGCCGUCCCGGACGACGCGUCCCAGCUGCUUACCGAACGCUGGCGUGUUCUUCGUGAAGCCGGCGUGAGCGAGACGGACUGCAUCAAGCAGCAGGCCACGCUGCCGAUUGGAAUGCUCAGCAACACCGUGCCGACGCUCUACUGGACCCUAUGGGAGCUCUUCUCCCGACCGGCGCUUGUCGCGCAAGUACGCGAAGAGCUCGUCUCCCACGCCAUCAUGGCCAAGAAUGGCGGCAGUAGCUUCGCGCUCGACGUUGCCGCUCUCAAGUGCCGCUGCCCGCUACUGCUCUCCGUCAUGCAGGAGACGCAGCGCGUGCGCCACGUGCACGCCGCCAUCCGCAGGGUCAUGCAGGACACGCUGCUCGACGACGACCGAGUCCUGCUCAAGGCCGGCCACUACCUCCAGAUGCCGGGCUACGCGGUCCACCACAGCACGCGCAUCUGGGGCCCGACGGCGGGCGAGUUUGAUCCAUGCCGGUUCGUGGCGCCGGGGACGGGGAGGGAGAAGAGGAGCGGCCGGGACUUUUUGGCGUGGGGGGCGCCGCCGCACCUGUGUCCGGCGAGGCAGUUUGCGGCGACGGAGAUUCUGAUACUCGUGGCGCUGCUGGUGAUGCGCGCGGACCUGGAGCCGGUUGGCGGGAGGUGGGAAGCGGCGCCGGCUUUGGACUUUAAUGACCCGGUGACGAUGCUGAAUCCGAAAAAGGAUGUGCUGAUGAAGGUGGUGCGCAGGCCUGAGUGGAGUGGUCAGUGGACGGUGCUCAUGUCGGAGAGCACGCUUCGUGUGCCUCUGGCCUCGGGCUGA